AUGAGUUUUAUAUCACAAAAUAAUGUUAUUACUGGAGAAUCAGAAUGGAUGUUUCUUGAUGAAACUGAAUAUGAUUAUGAACAAGAUUUAGCUCGUUCAGCUUAUGCUGAUAUGCUCCAUGAUACUGAAAGAAAUGUAUUCUAUGAGAAGGCAAUUAUUAAAUCAAUUGAAAAAUUAAAACAAUUAAAGAAUCAAAUUCAUAUUCUUGAUAUUGGAACAGGUACCGGACUAUUGUCAAUGAUGGCUGCUCGUGCCUUAGAAAAGUUUCAAGUACCUCAUAAUCAACAACGUAUAACUGCCUGUGAAAUAUAUCAACCAAUGGUUGAAAUAGCAAAAAAAUGUAUUAAAAUAAAUUUAUUAACGGAUCGUAUAAAUGUUAUUAACAAACGUUCAACAGAUCUUGAUUUAUCCAAUGAUUUGAAUAAUGUUCCUGUCAAUAUGAUUAUUGCUGAAAUUUUUGAUACUGAACUUAUUGGUGAAGGUGCUUUAAAAACAUUUCAUGAUGCAUCAAAACAUUUAAUGAUGAAUAAUAAACAAAGUAUCAUUAUUCCAUCUUAUGGUACUAUUUUUAUUCAAUUAGUUCAAUCAAAUUUUUUACAAUCAUUUCAUACAAUGAAUAACAUACAAAAUAAGAAAAUUCAAAUACCAUCUGAAUGGGUAAAUUUAGCAGGUAACAGUGUUUAUGAUUUAAAUGUGAAUGAGAUACAUGAACACAUUAUACCAUUAACAAAACCAAUUAAAAUAUUUCAUUUUGAUUUUAAAAAUAUUGACAAUAGUAAACAAUAUCAUGAUGAAUGUAUUGUGAAUAAUAUUCAAUGUAAUAAAUCAGGUAAAAUUGAUGCAAUAAUUAUGUGGUGGGAAUUAAAUAUGGACGAAGAUGGUGAAUAUAAAUUAAGUACAACACCUAUAUGGUGUGCAGAACAAAAACCACAAUGGAGAGAACAUUGGUUACAUGGGAUUUAUUAUCCUAAAACACCAUUCAAUGUCAAUCAAAAUGAUGAAGUAACUAUUUAUGGUUAUCAUGAUGAAUAUAGUCUUUAUUUUGAUGUUCUUCCAUUUGAUAUCAACCAAUCUAUAACACCUUUAUCACGUGUGUAUACUCCGUCGAUUAUAAGUCGUUUAGCAGUAGCUUCAUUUAAUUCUAGUUAUCGUCGUACGAAAUAUUCGAAUGCGUUGACUGUUUUAUUGAGUAAAUCAAGUAGUACACCACGUUGUUUGUAUAUUGGAGAUGGUCUAUUAUUACCAUUGCUUCUAUUAACAAUGUACGAAAAUGUUGAAUUGUAUCUUAUUCAAACAAAUAAACAUCUUAUUAGAGUAUUAAAUCAAAUAUUAGAAAAUAACUAUAAAUGUUAUCGUAUAAUUAAUAAAUCCUUAGCAUCAUUGACCAUUGACGAUUUUGAUCAAAAUAAUCUUGAUUUUAUUUUAUCAGAACCAUACUUUUCAACAUCACUUUUACCAUAUGAUAAUUUACAUUUUUAUUAUUCAUUACAAACAUGUAAAAUAUUUUUAAAAUCAAAUUUUAUCUCAAUGCCAAAUCGUGCAAAAAUACUUUGUAUUGCAUUAGAAUUUGAUCAUUUACAUAAAAUACGUUUACCCGUUGAAAAAUGUUGUGAUUUUAAUUUAAAACCAUUUGAUGAUAAAAUUUUAAAUGCAUCAAAAAUUGCUGAUGUUCCUGUUGAAGCACAAUCAUUAUUUGAAUAUUCAUCGAAACCUUUAAGUAACAUAAUUACUCUAUUACAUUUUGAUUUUAAAGAUAACAAUCAUUCGUCAAUAAUUAACGAGAAUGUACAAAUAUCCUUAAAUCAAAAUGGACAAUGUAAUGGCAUUGCUAUUUGGAUCGAUUUUGAACUUUGUGAUGAUGUAUGGUUAACAACUGGUCUUGAAACAAUCAAUUUUAAUCAGCCUUUACAAUGGCCAACGUAUUGUAAACAAGGUGUACAUUUAUUACAAAAACCAAUCAUUGCACCAUCGUUGUUAAAUGUUUCAGUACAAUUCGAUUUUCAACACGGACAUUUUUUGUUCAAUUUUCAUGAGUAA